AUGGCAUCCGCCGACCACGAUCCCCUCGUCCUGCUGCGCAAAGCCAUCUCCAGCAGCCAUCCAUUCAUCCCCAGCUCAUCAGAAGACCCGGGCGCCGAAGAAUGCCCCCUCGCUCAAGCAACCAACCUGCAAUUCUCGGCUCAAGGCGUCACGCUCGCCAUCGACACCCCAACGCGCUUCAUCUCCAAUGAUAAACCGGUCGACUUGCGCAGUAUCUAUUUCGCCUGGCUGAAUCGAGAGCUCGCCAUUCCCGAAUAUAAUGCCUCAGCCACAACACUCAACGAGGAGCUUGCCACAGCAGGCUCAACGGGCAAAGUGCAAAACCUGGGCUUCAUCGAACGGCUCGAUCUGAUUACCUGGCUGGAAGGGGCUAGCGAGGAGAGUGAAUAUAUCAAGCCUCUUGUCGGUGAUGCAGAUGCUGCUGCUGCUGGAGCAGCUCCUGCGGCCAAGCCUGGGGCCGUGUCGACAGCGGCGCAGGCACGAGCUGGUAAGGGGACGAUGGAUCCAAGAUUGGCGAGUGUGUAUGACGGCGAGCGCAAGAUGGGAGACCGGAAUACUGUGUUGAGAGGAAUCAAGCCUACGGACUUCUCACACGUUCGCAAGCUCGCAGCACCAUUUAUUCAAAAGAAGUCUCAGCCUGUAUCGAGCUCUGGCCCAACUUCAUCCCUCUCCCUCAACCAAAAGGGUCCGACUAGGAGACCAGACCCCAUCAUCCUUCUCUCUCCAUCUGCUUCGUCCCUGCUUCGCAUGUCCAACGCCCGAUCAUUCCUCGAAGACGGCAAAUUCAUCCCGCCCGAUGCCAGUGGCUCUACCGCAAGCAUGCUCCACGUCCAGCGUGUCAUUCGAGCCAUUGACCCCAACCGCCCUUUGCGCUUCAUUCUCGUAGAAGGAUCGGAGCAGUUCAAGCCCGAGUACUGGAACCGCGUGGUGGCAGUCUUUACUACAGGUCAAACGUGGCAAUUCAAGAACUACAAGUGGAGUAGCCCCAACGAACUGUUCAAGCACACGCUGGGUAUCUUUAUUGGCUGGCGAGGGGAGCAAGCGCCUGAGGGCGUUCGCAGUUGGGGACACAGAGUGCUCUCAACAGGUGUUGAUCGAUGGCGUGGCGGCGACGGCGCUGACGCUUCUCGAUUCAGGGACAAGGAAGUUGUAGAGCAGAUUUGGAAGUCGAUUGAGGCGAAUAUGCGAAGCAAAGGUUGGCGAAUUGAUGCUGCGCCAACUUCGAUAUGA